AUGGAAGAUAAUCAUUUAAGUAACGUUUUUAAAAAAGAUGAAAUUCCAGCAAAAUCUAUUGAGGGAUGGAUAAUCAUAAUAACAAACAUCCACGGUGAAGCGAGGGAUGAUUAUAUAAAGGAAGUUUUUGAAAAAUUUGGACAAAUAAAAAAUUUGCAUUUAAAUUUAGAUAGACGAACAGGAUUUUUAAAGGGAUAUGCAUUUCUUGAAUUUGAGAAUUUCGUUGAUGCUAAGAGGGCAAUUGAUGAAAUGGAUGGCUCAAUGUUGUUAAAUCAGGAAAUUCGUGUAGACUGGGCUUUUAUACAAGAGAAAAAUAAAAAUUAA